AUGGACCGGAAACGCCUGCGGGGCAAGCAGCCUCGUGGCGAUGGCGGCCCUGAGCUGGCCCCACGCGCGUCACCGGCAAACCUGAUCGGGCCGCCGCUGGCAGACCCGGCGGUGCCUACGCUGGCCCCAGUGGCGUUGAGCGAGUGGUUCGCCGCCGUGCUCAAGCGCGCGCCUCCCGCGUGCCAUCCGCCGUCGCCCCAGUGCGUUCUGAGGGGCCUGGCAGCGGGGGGCGCUGUUGACGGGUCGGAUUUUUCCGGCUUGGGCGUCCAAGAGCUGAAGGACGUGUGGCCGUGUCUCCACGGGCUUCGAGACGAGUUCGUGGCGGCCUUGUCCACCGUUCCGGCCCGCGCCGCGGUGGGGCAGCCUGCCGCGCAGACCGAGGCCCGCGCCCAGCGGGGCGCGCCUGCGCCGGCGGCCAGCAAGGUUCCCCCAGCAGGAGGGCCCGCGCAUGCAGAGGACGAGGCGCCGGCCACAGGGCAUGCCGCGGAGACUGGCGAGGCUGCGCUGGCGGCGCUCGGCUUCCUCGCUGCAGCGCGCCUCCGGCGCGAGCUCGUGGGCCCCGGGGAGAUGGCGGACGCGGUGCAGACGCUGGGCCGCGUCACGCCGGAGGAGUUUCAGCUUGCGUGGGAGAAGCGCCACGGUGGCAUCCCCGGCAAUCCGCGGGAGCGCGCGGCCCAGAUUGGGCCCGAGAUGGCCGGGUUCAUGGCAACGCAGGAACUUCUCAGACGCGAGUUGCUCGCGUGGCACCGGAGCGCAUACAAGUAUGCUUCUCCGGUGCGCCUGUGGGGGCAAGUGGCCCGGAACCUCGGGGUUGAUGCUUGGCCCCCGUCGGAGCCAGUGCUCGGGGCAUUCGCAUUUGCAGUGCAAAACGGUGCCAGUUUGAUGACCUACUGCACGCAGGUCCGCACUGUGCUCCGGCUGCUCCACAUGCCGCUGGGGUGCCUGGAGGACACGUCGUGUCUGGCGCGUGGUGCGAGCAAAGCGGCUGUGGCCACUCGGCGGUUCCGGGCGCGGGCGUCGGCGCGACAGACACGUUCCUUGGCGCAGCACGUCCGGGAGGUUCUGGGCGAUCCCGAGACAGCGGAUGCGUUCGUAGUGGCGAGGCAGUUUUGCUUCCGCUUCGCGUCCGAACUGGUGCCACUGCAGGCAGACGGGCCCCACUCCAAGGUAGUCCUGUCAACCGUGGACGGCUUGCCGACGGCCAGCGUGCACCUGCAUCGGCGCAAGACGUACACGGAGACGACGGUCGUGUCCAGGCGGUGCAUCUGUGCCCUGCAGUCCCGGCAGCUUUGCGGGGUGUGCGCGCUGCGCGGUCGCGCGCAGACAGGGCGGGUUUUUCCGGCGCUGUCAUACAGGCACGCC